AUGCCACAGACGGCAUGGAAUAUUCGGCGUCUUCUCGGCUCAGCCAGCACGAUGACGUCGUACCUUAUUCUUCUUGCCUGCAUAACCAAUUCCUCUAUCGUUGACUCACAUGCAAUAAAUGUGGUUGACGCUCAUCAAAUGAUGCAUUUGCUUAAGGUGCUGGACAAUGGGGAUCACAUGUACGCCAGUAUCGUCACCAUCGGUAUAGCAGAUCUACCAUUUACCACUGUACUCGACACCGGAUCGAGCGGCCAAAUUUUUAAUUUCGGGAUAUGGUUGCGAUUCAUUAGCAACUAUGUCAUGAAGCACGAGAUUGGUAAACUGGAGAAACUACUUCAGGACUGCUCUGAAGGGGCUCUCGGUGUUGUCUUCACUGCUCCCGCUCGCAGUGAUGAAUUUCCGCAGCUCAGCAUUGCCAUCAAUUAA